AUGCUUCUUAAUCUGUCUUUCCUUAUUCCCUUGCUUCCUCUUGCCUCCAGCUUCGUCCACCCUGGACUUCUCGUCUCGGACGGCGACAUCACUCGCGCGCAGCAAAAAAUCAAAGCGAAUGCGGAACCAUGGACAACCUCCUGGAACGUCCUGACCGGUCUCCGGUUUUCUGAAGCCAGCUACACCCCUUCCCCGGUCAGCGUUGUCUACCGGAGUGCCUGGGACGGCAACGCCGAAAACGCGGAGAACCUGUGGCACGACGUCGCAGCCGCAUUCAAUCUCGCCCUACGCUGGAAGAUCUCCUCUAACACUAGCUUCGCCGAUGCGGCUAGCAACAUCCUCCAUGCCUGGGCCAGCACGCUAACUGCCCUCGGCGGCGGCGAUGACAAGUACCUGACAGCUGGACUGCAGGGGUACGAGCUUGCCAACGCCGCCGAGCUUCUCCGGGACUACGAGCCUUUCGCCAAAAAUGUCCUUCCUUCUGUGAUCGAUAUGGCUAAUAAGAUCUUCAUUCCGAUGCACUACAAGUGGCUGCGGCAUGAGGAGCCAUCUGAGCAUAAUAUCCUGCACUUCUUUGCAAACUGGGAGCUGUGCAAUAUCGCCUCGGCGAUGGCCAUGGGUGUUCUGACGGAGAACCAGACGGUGUGGGACUUCGCGGUGGAUUAUUUCAAGCACGGGGAUGGCAACGGCGCCAUCAAUAAUGCUAUCUCUGAUAUUGUCGAAGAGCCCGGGACAGGGAAGCCUCUAGGCCAGGGCCAGGAGUCCGGUCGCGACCAGGGCCACUCAGCGUUGGAUUUUCAGUUACUUGCGGUGAUUGGGCAGCAGGCCUGGAACCAGGGAGAGGAUCUGUUUGGGUUCAAUGACAGUCUCAUUCUGAAAGGAACAGAGUACUUUGCGCGGUAUAAUCUCGGCCACGACGUCCCGUUCGUUCCGUACACCAACGGCAUCGUCAACUUCAAGGAAAUCAGCAGUGCGUCUCGCGGCGCGAUGCGGCCUACCUGGGAGCUGCUGCAUAGCCACUACGUGAUGAUCAAGGGAAUGGAUGCACCCUGGACGACACUGUUCCUCAACGAGUCUUUGAACUAUUAUAAGGGUGCAGAGGGCGGCGCAGGGUCCUGGGGCGAGGGAUCGGGCCAUUAUGAUGGACUCGGCUGGGGAUCGUUGCUACAUCGCUUGGAUGAGUCGGACGUCGCGGCUGCAAGUUCUAGUGCAAGCACACCGACUGCUUCUCCGCUGUCUGGCAAACCGACCUUAAUGGCGCUAGCGCAGAGUACGCCUGGUUCGAGUCUUACCGCCGUACCCUCUGGCGCAAAGGCAACCACGGCAUCAGCCGCGUCUACGAGUGUCGCUGGAAGCAGUAUUCCUUCUGUGCCUCAGUCCUCUCCUUCGACCUCUUCUCACCCAACGGGUACUCCUGCAGCUUCUGCAGACCUCCAGCCAAGCUUGCGUCCCACCGGAGCCGGCCAGAAGCCCGGUCAUCAAGGACACAAACAUGGACACAAGCAUGGGAAAUGUCGUGCGCAUUACAACUAG